AUGCUUCCAUCGAAAAUCUCAUCUUUCGGUGUUUAUCGUCUCUGUAAAUUGAACCAUUCAAUCCAAUCAAAACACAAUUUCGAAAAUUCACUGGCCCAAUCUUCUCAUCAGAGACGCUAUUUUGUAUCAGUAGCAACAGCUUGUGUUGUUUCAUUAUUUCCGAUUUGGAAAAUUUAUUCACAAAUUCGCCACACUCAAAUUGUGUUACAGAAAGCCGAUGAAUGUAAAAGAUGGCCUUUUGCAAGAGGAGUUGUACAUUCAGUAAAUAUUGAAAAGGGAGAUGCAUUGUUCGGAAUGAUAAAAUCAUCGAGGAUUGAUAUUCAAUAUGAAUAUUGUCUAGGAGCAAGUGAUUAUUUCAUAAAACAUCCCGACAGCAAUAGUUAUAGAAAGAUUGAUGCUAAUAGAAGUAGGACAGUACCAUUAGCUGAUGAUCCCAAAAAGAGUGAUUUAUUAUUUAUUCCUCUGAUGGACCCUCCAUCUGAUCCAGAGGAACCACCAAUAAUUAUUAGAAGAAAAACAGAUCGAGUAUUUAAGGGAGAUAGAAUAUUUUGGAGCGUUCCAUAUUGGACAAUAUCAACCUUAUUUUCCAAAGGAGAAGUAACAACAUCACAAGCAGAGUUGGAAGCAUUGAAAGAAAAAUUUAAGCAAGGAGCAAAAAUUCUAGUUCGAAUCAAUCCUUUUAAUCCUAAAGAGAGCGUGCUCAUUACUGGUCAGCAAUCCUUUGAUCAAUCAUGGAAUUUCACAUACUUUUAUUGUACAAUUAUGGCAUUGUGUGCAUUGACUCUAUUCUCUAUGACUUGGUACCUACUAUCGAAUUCUCAACUUGAGAACAACAUGAAAGAACUGUUGCAAUUAAUAUUCUCCAAGUUUAGUGCAAUACUAUCACGAAAUUCCUUUGAAGAGACAACAAAUCAACCCACUUCUCCACUUCAUUACAGAGUUUUAUGGACUCUCAAUGAGUUGGUUCGGCUCUUCACUUCCAUAGUGCUUGAUAGUCACAAAACAGAAGCUCUUCCUCCCAAUUAUGAGACUAAGAACAAAGCUCCUCAAUAUUUGGAUCCGAACACCUCCAACAAACCUUGA